AUGUCUAUUGCAAGACAAUACGCUAAUGUUAAUGAAAAUAUGCAAAGAUCAUAUUGGGACUAUGACAAUUUGCAAAUUCAAUGGGGUGUACAAGAUAAUUAUGAGGUUGUAAAAAAAGUUGGAAGAGGAAAAUAUUCAGAAGUAUUUGAGGGAUAUAAUGUUGCCACUGAUGAAAAGUGUAUUAUUAAAGUUCUUAAGCCUGUUAAGAAAAAGAAAAUCAAACGGGAAAUAAAAAUUCUUCAAAAUUUAGCAGGAGGAUCUAAUGUCAUUGCACUGUUAGAUGUUGUUCGUGAUCCUCAAAGUAAGACGCCUUCAUUGAUAUUUGAAUAUGUAAAUAAUACUGAUUUUCGAAAUCUUUAUCCUCGUUUUCAAGAUUAUGAUAUUCGGUAUUAUAUAUUUGAAUUAUUAAAGGCUCUUGACUUUUGUCAUUCUAAAGGCAUCAUGCAUCGAGAUGUAAAACCUCAUAAUGUGAUGAUUGAUCAUGAAAAAAGACAAUUGCGUUUGAUUGACUGGGGUCUUGCUGAAUUUUAUCAUCCUGGAACUGAGUACAAUGUUCGUGUUGCUUCAAGAUAUUUCAAAGGUCCAGAGCUUUUAGUUGAUUUUCAAGAAUAUGAUUAUAGUCUUGAUAUGUGGAGCUUAGGUGCUAUGUUUGCGUCUAUGAUAUUUAGGAAAGAGCCAUUUUUUCAUGGGUCUGAUAAUUAUGAUCAAUUGGUUAAAAUCGCAAAAGUUUUGGGAACAGAUAAACUUUAUGCAUAUCUAGAUAAAUAUGAUAUUCAAUUGGAUUCUCAGUAUGACGAUAUUCUUGGAAAGUAUCCACGAAAACCAUGGCAAAAAUUUAUAACAUCUGAAAAUCAAAAAUAUAUUUCACCAGAAGCGAUUGACUUUUUAGAUAAUCUUUUACGUUAUGACCAUCAAGAGCGUUUAACUCCUCAAGAAGCAAUGAAUCAUCCAUAUUUUGAACCGGUUCGAAGGAAAGAAUAA